AUCUAGCUUAGCACUAUAUACUUAGUAUUUACUAGGCAGCGGAUACCUACGCAGCCUUUGUUUAGUCUACCGGCUUUUAGAACGUCAUUCCGGCCGUCCCUGAAAAAAGGGUCACAGGUAACUCGGUAAAUAGCAAUUUCAGCUCCGACGCACGAGGCAAUAUCUGGCUGGUCGUCAUUUACAUAAGCUGUCCCAAACUUAUAACAACAGUGUCGAACCCUUCACUCACAUGCCCUAAAAACUGCUUGUUUUUACGCCAAAUUGUGGCGUUUUAAGAAAUCAGAAGGAGCCUACUCCCUGUGUCUUUGUCAACAAAGCCGGAUUCUUCGGCUACUCUUUUUAAUUUAAAAAAAAAAAGACUCGAGGGUGGUUACUGUCAACCUCGUAGUCAAAAUAGUUCCUACCCUUUUCAUAAUUUAGAAAUUUAUGCCCCUAAAUCUAUCACCAUGAGGGCAUGGUUUCGGGGCUCGGCCCCUAAAGCUAGUGCGGGCUCGAGCCCAGCAGCUUCCCAGACGGAUCUCCGUGCUCGCGAAAUAGCCUCGAUGGAAGAUGCGAUGGCCAGUACCGCUCUGAUCAUGAAUGACGAUAUCGACGGCGCCGAAGAAAAACUGCGGAAGGGGGAUUCGGCUUUUCAUCAUCUUGGAUUGAGUAUUUGUAUGUUUAUGAGGAGUAUUCUGGGUUUCGAAAAGGCCUACAUGGUCGAAGCGAGCAAUCGUCUCUACGAGUGCGAGACUAUUGCCUGGAAUCAAAUGAAGAAGGCCCAGAAGGAGGCUGGGAGUUCUAAUGGGGCGGAAGACAAAAUUUACCCCCCAGGAAGUGAGUACGCAUUGGUUAUCGCCGAUGCGCAACUUAUGUCGGCCAUCAUAGCCGUACUACACGAGAGCUUGACCGAAGGUCUCAAGGGCUUUUACAAGCUACGAAAGGCCUUCAUCACACUCGACGGAAUUAUGCAAUCAGAAACGGCAUAUCUCAAGAGAAAGGGGUUGCAUUCUGAUUUUUCCAAAGAAAACAUUGAGUCGUCUUCCAGCUCAAUUUCCGGUGGACACGGUAGUUCUAACGACACUGAUGACACCGACCUUGAGUUUGUAGACGCGGAUGAGGGACACUCUGGAACACAAACGCCUCUGAAAUACGAAGGCCACCUUUCUAAAAGCACUGAUACGCCUGAGAAGCGAAUGAGUAAAUUAUCUAUAAAUUCAAAUUCCGCAUCAAAACCGGGAGGUACGAACAGGCCAGUAAGUCCACCUACGCGAGGUGGGUUUAAGAGUGGCCCCGACUCGGAGAUCUUCAGCAAUACUGUCGACAGUUUUACCCAUAGCGGCGUCAACAUGUGUUACGGUUCUCUCUUACUCCUUCUUUCCAUGGUUCCUCCUACCUUCUCGCGUCUCCUGUCUAUAAUUGGCUUCACGGGCGACCGUGAGCGCGGCAUAAACAUGCUUUGGCAGAGUUCAAAAUUUGAUAAUAUCAAUGGGGCUGUAGCAGGCCUCAUGUUACUGUCUUAUUACAACGGUCUUCUAAGCUUUGCCGACAUUCUUCCCUCUGAGAAGGAUAUUAGAAAUGGUGCUGUUAUUGGGUACCCGAAGGCUAGGUGCAGUGCUCUCAUAGCUCAGAUGCGCACCCGAUACCCGGAGAGUGGAUUGUGGCGAUUCGAGGAGGCCCGGGUUCUCAGUAUCAGCAGGGACCUACCUGGCUCUCUCAGACUUCUGAAGAGUAAUACGAAGUCCAAGAUGCGACAGGUGACGGCACUGAACAAUUUCGAAAUGGCACUAAACACCAUGUUUGUACACGACUACCCCGAGAUGCGCGACAAUUUCAUCCGCUGUAUAGAACUUAACGACUGGAGCCCUAGUCUAUACUACUAUAUUGCCGGAUGUGCCGAGCUAGAGAUCUACAGGAAUGCCUUCCAUAGCGAAAAGAAGGACGAGACUCGUAUCCAGCUUCACAAAAAGAAGACUAAUGAGCUACUACGCAAAGCACCUACGGUAGCUGGAAGAAAACGGUUCUUAGCUAAGCCUCUACCCUUUGAGGAAUUCGUCUCGCGGAAGAUGCAAAAAUGGGAAGAUAGGUCCAAGGAACUAGGCAUUGACCUCGUCGACGCGAUCGGUGUCAGCCCCACGGAAGAGGUGAUAUAUCUUUGGAACGGAACGAAGAAGAUGCAAGCUUCGGAGCUCGAAAUGUCGAAAAAGGCUCUAGCCUGGGAUCGACUAACGGCGCCUAAGGAGGCACAGACAAAGAUCAGGAGUGAGAUCGACGAGCAGGCUGUGCGGGAUGUCUGUCGGGCUUCGGUCGCACGGUCUCUUGGUAACUUUGACGAGGCCCGCGAGCUGCUAGAUACUGUAUUAGCUAUGGAUAAGCUGGCAUUUAAGGGCCCAACCAAAGAUGACUACCCGUUGCCUGGUGCUCACUACGAAAUGGCUGCCCUCGCCUGGAACGAAGUCCUGAAUCCUGAGCUCCGAAAAGACGUAAACGAAGAAGAUGAGGAGGGUUGGUUACGAGAGAAGGUGAAUGAAUGCCAGUCAUGGCUCGAGAAGGUGGCUAAAUGGGAGGCGUUUGUCCUGGAUGCCCGGAUCGGCAUGCGUGUACAGACAGGUCUAGACACAAUUCGGUGGUAUAAAAGGGAACAUAAAUAAGCGACUGCUUAGAUUUUUGUAGAGGUAUAGAGAUUAUGCGUCUAAUGACAUAGCUAGGGGCCUGUUGUAAGGCCGUUUGGGUUAUGAGCACAUCGAUGAUGGGCAUCUCCAGGUCGGUUUGCAUUGGUAGGGUUAGGGCAUACAUAUAUGGCUGGGAAUAGAAAGGAGUCAGCUUUGGAACCAUUGUCCUUCAUCUUUUGUCAAACCCCCCUAUCUGCCUCCUUACUUGCUUACCUAGGUACCUACUCAUUUAAAUGUCUACCUACCUAGGUACUAGGUAUCUAUCUACAGGCCUAGAUGCUAUAUAAGCAGCUACUAGCCAGUAGGUAGGUAGGUAGUGAUCAGGGGUCCAACUCCUUAUGUCGACC